GUAACAAAAAACCACCUUUGGGGCACAUUUAUCAAACUUUGCAACAUUACUAAGAAGAAAAGGUCUGCUGACUUUUGUACAUUGUUUCACUAAACUACUUGUUGCGUGCCGAAAAAUCUCUCUUCUGAAUUACGCUGAAAGGCAAAUUACCUGACGAAGUUUUAGGUAAGAACUUUCCUGUACUAUUUCAGCUACUCUUGUUGGUUUUCUUUGGUCGGUUUCCACACUUUAAAAAACUAAAAAGAAGUCAUAAAAUUUGUAGUAUGUUAUUUGUUCACAAAUCUUCGAAAAUUGUCUGAGAUUACUGUCUAAAUUGAAGUUUGGUUUUCCGGACUUCGUCCAAAAGCCUGAAAGAGUUUAAUUGCUCUUCAGCCUCCGUACACGAAGAGCGAAAAAACAAAAAUUGUUCUGUCUCGACUGAGAUGUGUAAAGAAAAUUCCGGAACUACCAAGUUUGACUCGACUGGGUUCUCAAAAGAAAAUUGAAUCAAUGUUUACCUUUCAUGCAAGCCGACUGAAUUAAAAGGAGCCAGUUUAUUGCCGGAGCCAUCAAUCAUUAAUCCUAAAAUACAUUUUGCAUCGAGGUAGUGCAAACAAACUUUGUCAUUUGACCUUGCGGAUGCUUAAACGACCCGACGUAAAUGCUAUUCGCACGUAGGCAGGCUGUAGAAUGUUGACACCACACUCGACAGAGGAUACGGUUACGCGGAACAUCUUGAAAAAGAGAAAUUUGACUAUGCCCUUGAUGAUAUGAGCGAGUACCUUGCACAAAAACGUUCUGUAGCGAUGCCUGUAGACUUCAUGAUUGACAAGACAGCUAAAGAGGCAACUCACGGUGCUACAGUAAGCCGCGAAAGCAGUUUUAGCAGUGUGGAAUUGGCCGCUUCGAAUUCCCUCAGUCGCGAGAGCAGUUUUUCGAGCGCUGCCAGUAGCAGUGGAAGUGGAAUUUUCGACGCAGAUUCUCCUCGCCCCGCUUCUCGAUCAAGUUCCUGGAGAUCGAACGAAGACCCCAGCGAAAGGCAGUUUAUUUCGAGCGUAACCGAUCAACAGUACCAGAGAUUGCAUAACGCAAGAGCGAGAUUUCGCAAAGCCAGGGAGGCCCCGUCUAGUGGGUCCUCUUCCACAGAAGCGUUCCACACUCCACCCGAUCACGCCCGAACUAUGACGAAAAUCAAGCGGCCUGAAGUCCACGGACGAAGUGCCUCUGAGCCUGAAGUCUUGUCGAAGAUCUCGAAGUCCAAGCUUUCCUCCAGCCCUGCAGGUUUGGUUAUAACGGCGCCGCCGGUAAAGGGUUUCAUAGAGUAUCGUUUACGAUCUCGCUCCUUCACCGGAGAAGACAAUACGGAAGAAGAUAGAAUUCUCAAAGAUUUCUCCCAGUCACUCCUGUUACAAGUCCCAGACAAUGGUGUGGAGGGUAUAAAGCGGUCUCCCCCAGUCAGUCGCCGGAAAGAAGCCAAAGAGAAAAUGGAUAAGACUUUGCGGACAGCGUCCUUUUCAGAAAAGGACUACGAAUUGUUAAAGAAGGAAAAAGUCGAUUUGCAGAAGGAGCGUGACAAUCUGAGACAUGAGUGUGACCGCUUACAGUGCGAGCGUGACGCCAUACAACUGGAGCGUGACACUCUGAUACGAGAAAAAGAAGAGUUACAAGCUGAACUGAACAACAGAAACGACAUCAUACAUCAUCUUCAAGAUCACGUGACAAUGUCAGUUCGCUCCUUAGCGGUAAAAGACGAGACCAAAUCGUCCACCACUAAACAAAGGUCAAAGUCCGAAGUCCGUCGACCUGCAUUCUAUUUCCCGGAUGAGUUAGCGAAGACAAACGCUUAUACUUGUCUAUAAAACAAAACAAUUCAAUGCUUUUCUCCUUGAAUUAGUGAUUACAACAGCGCAGGACGUUGGAGGAAUUCUACAAAGAUAUGCACUGUUAAUUAGCCAUUAGGGACAAAGAACUUUGGCCUAAAGAGGACAAAACUAUUGCCGUUAUUGACUUGUACACGAAUUUCGCUAAAAUAUAGUCGUCUGACAUGCCUUCAUGUUAUUUGGAGGGACAGUGUUUUUUAUCCGUAGAGAAUUUGUUAUUUUGCCAUUCGAAGUAUUUUUAACGUAGGUAGUACCCACGGGGGAGGUCUCCCAUGUGGAAAGGUCGAGGAUGCUCGUCGUUUCGCUUAAGGGGGGUAAAACACGGAUUCUGAUCUCACUUACGAUGUUCAGGAAGAAGACACCACCAUUUUUUGCCGUUAGCUUUUAGAGUUCAAAUUUUCCGACGAGUAUCCACGACCUUUUCCUAUAGGAUUCCCCCUCCCCCCGCGGGAUAUUACUAAGUACGGGGAUUGGCGCCUAACGCGGUUAACAGUAGAGUGGAAAUCACUCAGCACUUGUUGCGGACCUAUCAAAAGUCAUUCCAGUUCAGAGAGUUUGAUAUUCGUCCAGACUUGGCCAAAUUAUUUAAUUUCUUAAUUCGUUUUGGUUAUCUCUCUGUUUGAUAAGAAACCGGUGUUAUAAAGAUAAAUUAAAUAUUGAUUACUCUUGGGAGUUGAAUGGUUAAGAGUUAUCUCGAAAAAUCCGUAUUUUUAAAAAAGAUUUCUUUGUGUCCAUAUGUUUGCAUUAAAACAUUAAUUGACACAUGUUCAUUUUACUAAAAGUGAUCACGCAUCUUGUGUAUUUUAAAUCUUAAUGCAACGUUACCCUUUUUCGAAAGCGCCAUC